AGUUGGAGGGGUAGUUAACGCUUGAGAACUUGUCAACGUAUUUUCUGAAAGUUUUAAGCGUUUUAAUUAGCUACGAUCAACUAAUUCCUUAUUAUCUCCUUGACACAAUGCCUGUAACACACAAGACUUUAGUGAAAUCCAAGCAGGGGUCAAAUGCUCAAUCUCAGCAGAAGCCACUUGCAGCAAAGACUGCCAAAGUUGUCAGCAAGAAAAAGGAUGAGGAUGAUGGAACAGAGAUUGGUGAAGGAGGAGAUGAGUGGAUGCAUGGAAAGACUCUGAUCAAGCCCCCUGACCAGCUUGAUCUCACUGAAGCGGAGUUGAAAGAGGAAUUCACCAGGAUCCUGACAGCAAACAACCCCCACGCCCCUCAGAACAUUGUCCGGUACAGCUUCAAGGAACGUUCCUACAAACCCAUCAGCAGUGUAGAUCAGUUGGCGGUGCACUUCUUUCUGGAGGGAAACCUGUUGCACCGGGACUCAGACGAGGCACGCAGACAGAAGGCAAAACAAGGCCUCCCGGACGAAAAGGCCACAGUUGUAACUGAAACUGAAGAUGAAAAACUUGAGACUCCGUUACAGGCAGCAGGUGGAGAAGAAGCUGGAGACGUGGAGGAGGGCGGGGGAGAGGACGGCGCUCACAGUGUGGAUUCCAAGACUGGCAAGAAGGAGCAGAAACUCACCAACCAGUUCAACUUCAGUGAAAGGGCCUCCCAGACCCUUAACAACCCACUUAGGGAAAGAGGAUGUCAGACAGAGCCUCCUCCUCGUGCAAGCUUCUCCGCUACUGCCAAUCAGUGGGAGAUCUAUGAUGUGUAUUUGGAGGAGAUGCAGAAGCAGGAGAAGAACAAAGAGAAGGCUAAAGCCGUCCCCAAGAAGGAAGAUGACAAAGGCAAGAAGAAGCUGACGCUGGUGGAGACCCAGAGUGAUGACCUCACCAAAGUGGCCAAGGUGGCCAAGAUCAUAGAGCGGAUGGUUAACCAAAACACAUUUGAUGACAUUGCUCAAGAUUUCAGGUACUUUGAGGAUGCUUCUGAUGAGUUUCGGGAACAGGAGGGUACCCUUCUCCCCCUUUGGAAGUUUCAGUACGACCAAGCCAAGAGGCUGUCUGUCACUGCCCUCUGCUGGAAUCAAAGCUACAAAGAUUUGUUUGCCGUGGGCCUCGGAUCAUACGACUUCACCAAGCAGGGGCGUGGCAUGCUCGUGUUCUACUCACUGAAGAACUCUACCUACCCUGAGUACAACUACCCCACAACGUCAGGCAUCCUGUGCCUGGACAUCCACCCAGACCGUCCCUAUCUAGUUGCCGUGGGCUUCUACGAUGGCUGCGUGGCCGUCUACAACCUCAAGGAGGAGAGACCGGAGCCCGUCUACAAGAGCAGCUCCAAGUCGGGCAAGCACACUGACCCUGUGUGGCAGGUGAGGUGGCAGAAAGACGACAUGGACAACCAUCAGAAUUUCUUCUCUGUGUCGUCUGACGGCCGUGUGGUGUCUUGGACCCUUGUCAAGAGUGAGCUGGUCUUCACAGACAUCAUCAAGCUGUCAUUGGUGGGAGCUGUGUCAGAAGGACCAGAGGGUGUGCCACCUCCCACCAUGGCUUGUGGAACAUCGUUUGAUUUUCAUAAGCAGAUAAACUACCUCUUCCUGGUUGGCACGGAGGAGGGGAAGAUUCACAAGUGCUCAAAGGCCUACUCCAGCCAGUUCCUGGAAACCUACGAUGCUCACAAUAUGGCAGUGGAUGCAGUAAAGUGGAACCAAUUCCACCCUAAGGUCUUCAUCUCCUGCAGCUCUGACUGGACUGUUAAGAUCUGGGAUCACACCAUCAGGACCCCAGUGUUCAUCUUUGACCUGAAUGCAGCUGUGGGAGAUGUAGCAUGGUCUCCAUACUCCUCCACUGUGUUUGCUGCAGUCACCGCUGAUGGGAAGGUCCACGUCUUUGACCUUGGUAUCAACAAAUAUGAAGCCAUCUGUCAGCAGCCAGUGGUGGCCAAGAAGAAGACCAAGCUCACUCAUAUCGAGUUUAACCCUGUCUACCCCAUUAUUAUCGUGGGAGACGAUAGAGGCUAUGUCACCAGCCUCAAACUCUCACCUAACCUGCGCAGCAAACCCAAGGAGAAGAAAGGUCAGGAGCUGCCCAGAGGACCUGAGGUGGAGAUUGCGAAAAUGGAGAAGCUGCUGAGCUUACUGCGUGAGCCAGAGAACAGCAAAGCUUAGUGACCACAUCA